GUCAAACCGCACCUUACGUCAGUUGUAUUUGACAUAUAGAUACACAUGUUUCGUCUUUGCUGUCGCACGUAAAGUUAGUCAAUUUUAUAAUUUAAAAGAAAAUGACGCCCGACGUGGGCAGCGGUAGUAGUGAAGACGAUAGCCAGCAUUCAGAUAAUGAAGAAACAGAGGAGCAGGAACCAGAAGAAGCAGGAGGUGACAAUGAAGAAGACGACAACACUACGUUCAAAGAUUUGGGUGUAGUAGACGUACUAUGUGAAGCUUGCGAAGAACUAAAAUGGAAGAAACCUUCGAAAAUCCAGAAAGAGUCGAUACCUGUGGCAUUGCAAGGGAAAGAUAUCAUUGGGUUGGCGGAAACUGGGUCUGGUAAAACUGGCGCUUUUGCCCUGCCUAUACUACAAGCUCUGUUGGAAAAUCCACAACGAUACUUUGCGUUAAUAUUGACACCUACCAGAGAAUUGGCAUUCCAGAUAUCAGAACAGUUUGAGGCACUUGGUGCAAGUAUAGGAGUGAAAUGUGCAGUAAUCGUGGGAGGCAUGGACAUGGUGGCCCAAGCUCUCAUUUUGUCCAAGAAGCCGCACAUUAUCAUAGCCACCCCAGGACGACUGGUUGACCAUCUUGAGAAUACUAAGGGAUUUAAUCUUAAAGCUCUCAAGUUCUUGGUGAUGGACGAAGCUGAUCGCAUUCUAAACAUGGAUUUCGAAGUGGAAGUCGACAAGAUUCUUCGCGUGAUCCCUCGCGAGCGACGCACGUACCUCUUCUCUGCCACAAUGACUAAGAAAGUGCAAAAGCUACAAAGGGCCUCCUUGCAGGAUCCUGUAAAAGUCGAGGUCUCCACUAAGUACCAAACUGUUGAGAAGCUGCUACAGUACUAUCUCUUCAUCCCUGUUAAAUAUAAGGACGUAUACCUAGUUCACAUUCUAAACGAGAUGUCUGGCAACUCGUUCAUCGUGUUCGUGGCGACGUGCGCAGGCGCACUCCGCACCGCACUGUUACUGCGCAACCUCGGUCUGGCGGCAGUGCCCCUGCACGGGCAGAUGUCGCAGAACAAACGUCUCGCUGCUCUCAACAAAUUUAAGAAUAAAAGUCGAUCCGUACUUAUUUGCACUGAUGUCGCUUCAAGAGGUCUGGACAUUCCCCACGUGGAUGUGGUGAUAAACCUGGACAUACCACUGCACAGCAAGGACUACAUACAUCGAGUCGGACGCACGGCUCGAGCAGGACGCGCCGGCAAAGCUAUCACUUUUGUGUCGCAGUACGACGUGGAACUGUACCAGCGCAUCGAGCAGUUGAUAGGCAAACAGCUUCCGUUAUAUAAGACGGAGGAGAGCGAGGUCAUGGUCCUGCAGGAGAGAGUUGCAGAGGCACAGCGACUUACUAAGAUUGAAAUGAAAGAAUUAGAAGACAAGAAGAGCAGUAAAGGCAAGAAGCGCGGCGCUGACUCGGACGACGAUACGGAAGAGGCGGCCGGAGUAAGAAGACGUAUCAAGGGGAAGCCAAACAAUAAAAUCAAACAUGGCGGCAAAAAGAGAAAACGUUAAUAAAUAAUGUUGGUUAAA